GACGAUUACGAUUUUGAUCAGCUCUUAGUUCUUUCCGCCACCAUCUAUAUAUGCACAGAUGAAGUGCUCCAAAAAAAAAUAAGUAUGAGAAAUGAUCUUAAUGACCAAUCGCAGCGUUGCCGAGGUGACUUAUCUGGGUAUCGUUUCGUUAAGAAGCGUCGAGUUGACUGGCCGGGCCCUCCUUUAUCUACACCUUCAACUGCUCCCACUUUCACAGCUAUUUCUUCAUGUCUCGCUCACAUAGUCAGUCAGAGGAGGAACCCUUGCUCACAGGAAAUAUUCAGAGCGUUGGCGGGUCUUCAAGUUCUAGACCUAGUCCCUACUGGCUAGUCCCAGUUGUGAUAGUCGCCUCAAUGGCUCGGGGAGUCUCUAUGGCCCCUCGGAUCCAAGUAUACAACGAUAUCGCUUGCAGGGCGUUGGGUAUCGAAUUGGACGCCUGUAAAUCUUCCUCAGAUGUACAAGGAAGAGCUGCAAGAAUCCAGGCCUCCAUUACUACCGUCAUGAGUGUGCUGAGCGCAUUAGCAACGGGACCAUGGAGCCGCUGGGGAGACUUUCAUGGCCGCAAGCCCCUUCUCUUCUUCACACUUUCUGGCGCCUUCUCUAUGGAGCUAGUCUACCUCUUGGUUACUCGCGAGAACACACCUUUUUAUAGCUACGCCGAACAGUUUAUUAUGGUCGGACCUGUAUUGGAUGGAUUUGUCGGCGGGCUUUCAGCCUUCAACGGUGUUGUUCAUGCGUAUACGUCGGAUUGCACAGCGCCUGGCUCUCGAGCGAAGAUAUUUUCUACUCUCCAAGGAAUGGUCUUCGUAGGACUUGCCAUCGGGCCUUGGCUCGGUGGCUUGAUUACUUCAUCCACAGGUCCCGAACCUCUAAAUCCCUAUACUCUCUUCUACGUUAGCUCCACAAUGAAUGCGCUUUUACUUUGCUUCGUUGCUUUGGUCCUGCCUGAAUCGAUCGAAAAGAAGUACGAACCCUUGGAGGCCACUAUCGGUUGGAGAAGGAAACCCCUAAAGGCAUCCAUAAAGUCGGGUCUUGCAGAGCUGCUCGCCGGGCUUCUUUCUCCUAUCUCUAUCUUCUUUCCUAGAAUCAUCACCAAUUAUGAAGGGUCCAGGAAGAGAGAUUGGAACUUGUCAUUUGCUGGAGGUGCAUUGUUUUUGUACUUGAUUUCCAUUGGAGUAUUCUCAAUCAAGUACUUGUAUGCGAAACAUAUCUAUUCGUGGACUUCAAAUGAGUUGGGUUACUACAUGUCGCUGUUAUGGACUACUCGGGCAAUCAACCUCUUGGUCGUCCUCCCUCUCAUUGUAAACUAUCUCAAACCUAAACACCGACCAACUGAUCCGCUCUCUAUUUGGUCUGAGUUACGCUUCGAUAAACUUUUAGCUCAAGCUUCACUAUUCGUCGAUGCAUCUGCAGACGCACUUGUCGCGAUCGUGCCAUCAUCCUCACAGCCCGCCUUUGUUGCUUUCUCUACCCUAUCAUCCUUCACUUCUGGUGGAAACCCUACUCUGCAUUCGCUCGGUGCUGUAUGCUUGCACGCUAGCGGGCGUAGUUCCGAGGUGGGGUCCUUAUUUGGAGCGUUAGCAGUCCUUUCUGCUAUCGCCCACGUCAUCUCACCCACCCUAUACGCUGUCACUUAUGGAACGACUGUGGCUACGUUUCCCAAAGCGAUUUUUGUCCUUGCUGCGUCUCUACUUGGUACUGCAGUUGUCUUGCUGGCUUUCAUUCGUAUCAGGAAUCGUGUUACGUUGGCCACCCGUGUGUAGAUCAUAUGCUUCGCAAUGUGCCACAGACACUGUACAUUGACCAGAAUUCGACAUGUACAUUGUAUUUUGUA